GACAAUUAUGUCGUAUUCGAUUUGAAAUAAAAUAAUAAAAUUACAUUUUUUUUUUUUCGUAAAACGAAUUUAUAGUUCCCAUUUUCGUUUUCACGAUUUCCAAAAUUUCCCCGCGCAAAGGGAAUUUCCCUGUCACAUACCAACACUGGAUUUCGUUCGUCGUGCGCACGUUCCAAGUCGGCGGAAAAUACAUUAUUAUUAUGUUGUCGCGUAGAUGAUAACAUGAACGGCACAGGGACAAUGGUAUCCUCAUCGGUAUUGCUGAUAAGUGCGCGCGCGUGAACUUUGCCGUGUGGACGAGGACGACAGUCAACAGCACCGCCAGCAGGUAAUGAACAUGGGUCGCCCAAUACAAAUUCAUUGACAGGAUACCGCAGAUGUAACGCUUAUUUUAUGAAGGCUGUAGCCAAUUUUUUUUUUGAAAUAUGUCUGCUGAUCAUUCUGAAUCAAACAGUAAGAUAACAGACAACAUCAAGUCAAUUCGAAGUAUAGAAAUCAGUUCUGCGUUCACGCAACUAUCGCAAAAAACAGAAAUGACUCGUGAAUCAAUAGUGAGCAGUUACAAUACUGAAGACGCGUUGGGGGACAAACCUUUGGAAUUAGUUCGACCUACUAAUCACGUCCACGAACACAACACAAUACAUCAUCAAAUAUUGGAAUUAAAAAAGCAACAACAACUUCAACAACAAUAUUUAUUGGAACAAUUCCAAGUUCAACAACAACAGUUAGCCGAGCAACAUGAACAACAACUCCGACAACAUCUUAAAACAUGUGUUAUGCAGGAUUUAUGGGAAAAAAAACGGGAACUUGAAGAAAAAGAACAGCGUGAAAAAAAGGAAGAAGAAAAAUUGGAAACCAUAAAAAAAAAAGAAAAACAUGAACAAAGUGCUAUUGCGUCAUCCGAAGUUAAACAAAUUUUACAGGGAUUUCUGCUGAGUAAAAAACAUCGAGAAGCAGCGUCAAGCAGUUGUAUACAAUCCCAACAAUCAUACCAUAGUUGGGGCGUCUUACAAUCUCAGCAGUCGGAACCAAACGUAAUGCCUAGUAGCUUAAGUCCAUCAUCUAGUGGGUCAAAUAUUACACCAUAUAGAUUUGUUGGACGGCACGAAGAAGAUUUUCCUCUAAGAAAAACAGUGUCCGAACCGAAUUUACUCAAAAUCAGAUUGAAACAGCGCAUGUUCGACCGACGUAACAAUCCAAUUGCACGGCCCAAAGAAAGAUCCGGCAGCAGAGUGUCUAAGCUCGCAAUAGAGACGUCUCCUUCAGGCAGCACUCCCGGUUCUGGACCUAAUUCUCCUCCUAUACUCAUAUCAAAUUGUCGAAAUUCACCUUCAACUGGAGCCACUACUCCAAUAAAAGAAGAAGGAGAAAUUUCAUUUAAUCAUAUGUCUAUUAAUAAAUCAGACCAAAGCAGUAGUGUUGCUGAUAUAUCUGCAUUAUAUACAAGUCCUUCGAUGCCUAAUAUAUCACUUGGUCGACCACCAUCAAAUUCGGAUGGAUCAAAAUUAUCAUCUGUUUCGGAAGCUGAAGUCCGUGCCGCAUUUACUGCUAGAUUAGGUGCACCACUCACUGGUCAAAUGUUAUCAAGUACAUUGCCAUAUUAUCCUACGCUUCCAAUACUGGAUACAUCUCAAAGUUGCAUUCAAAAACAAAUGCGAAGUCUUGAAUCCAGACAAACUACUACUACUCCAACAUUUCAUCCUGCACCCAUUACUGACACUCAAGUGGCACAUGCUAGAUUGAAUAAAGCUGGACACAGACCAUUAGGUCGUACGCAAUCAGCCCCAUUACCUCUAGGGCAUCCAAUGCUGAACAGUACUGUACCAGGUCAACAACUAAGUGUUCAUUAUGAAAAUUACGAAUUACCACUUCAACAACUUAACACACAUUAUUUAAAACAACAAAUCCGUCAUACUGUUUUGACUCGAGCUGGAAGUCGAGCACAUUUGGCUAAUAACAGUAGUUUAAUAAAUGAAGACCAAGAUGAUGACGCAAAGGUGAUUGAUUUGACUGGUGGUCCAAGAACAUCAACAGAUAAUGGUUUAAAAAAUAAAAGUCAGACAUUUUUACAACAACAACGUGAUCUAAUGAUGCGACAAACAUCUCAAUCCAAUGAUAUUUCACUUUUUGCAAAUCGGAAUACACAUGCUACUCUUCCUUUAAGUAGAACAUAUUCCAGUCCUUUAGAUGCAACUAUAAGUACGGGAGGCAUUAACUCUGACACAUCUACAUCAUCAUCAUCACCAUAUCUUUCAUCUACUAGUCUUAAUUCUUCUGGUGCUAAAAUAUCAGGAAGUCCACACCGGCCUACUACUGGAUUAGCAUUUGAUAGUUUAAUGUUGAAACAUGCUUGUAAAUGUGGCAACAAUGCUAUACAUCCAGAACAUAGUGGACGGCUUCAAAGUGUCUGGGCUCGAUUAAUAGAAACAGGAUUAGCUAGACGGUGUUAUAAAUUGAGACCUCGCAAAGCUACAAUCGAAGAAUUACAAACAUGCCAUACUGAACCGCACACUCUUUUAUUUGGUACAAACCUUGCAAGUCGUCAAAAAAUGGAUAGUUCUAAAUUAGCUGAAUUGCCUGUGAAAGCAUUGGUACGAUUGCCUUGUGGUGGAUUAGGUGUAGAUUCUGACACUACAUGGAAUGAAUUGCAUACAGCUCCAGCUGCUCGGAUGGCUGUUGGUUGUGUUGUUGAUUUGGCUUUUAAAGCUGCUCUGGGUGAUGUAAAAAAUGGUUUUGCUAUUGUUCGUCCACCUGGUCAUCAUGCUGAAGCUAAUCAAGCUAUGGGAUUUUGUUUUUUUAAUUCAAUUGCUGUUGCUUGUCGUCUGUUACAACAGAGACAAGCUGUACGGCGUAUACUUAUUGUUGAUUGGGAUGUUCACCAUGGUAACGGUACUCAACAAAUUUUCUAUAACGAUAGAAGUGUUUUAUAUCUAUCCAUUCAUCGGCAUGACGAAGGUAACUUCUUCCCAGGAACUGGUGCACCUGGUGAGUGUGGCGCUGGCAGUGGUCUAGGAUACAAUGUGAAUAUAGCAUGGAGUGGUGGACUACAACCUCCACUUGGUGAUGCUGAAUACUUAGCAGCUUUUCGGACAGUUGUUAUGCCUAUUGCUCGAGAUUAUGCUCCAGAAAUUAUAUUGGUAUCAGCAGGUUUUGAUGCAGCUUCAGGUCAUCCAGCUCCAUUGGGUGGAUAUAAUGUAACACCUGCUUGUUUUGCUUACAUGACACAACAGCUCAUGCAAAUUGCAGAUGGGAAGGUAAUUUUAUCAUUAGAAGGAGGAUAUGAUCUAACAGCCAUAUGUGACAGUGCAGAAGAAUGUGUACGGGCACUACUUGAAGAUGAAGUAACACCAAUUGUGCAAUCUGAGCUUCAUCGCACCCCAUGUCAAAAUGCUAUAAAAACAUUACAAAAAACCAUCGCAAUUCAGUUGCCCCACUGGCCUAUAUUAAAGAAAUUAGCACAUACAGUAUCAUGCAGUGCUGUAGAAGCUACCUUAUGUGAAGAAAAUGAAACAGUUAGUGCUAUGGCUUCGUUGUCAAUGACCAGACACAGAAUACAAAGUUCUGAUCCUAGUGAAGAACCAAUGGAAGAAGACUGCGAGGAUGAUAAAUAGAUAUGUUUAUGUAAUAAAUUUUAAGCUAAUUAAUUACGCUUUUUAUUAUACAAUAUUGUUUCAUUGCUAAAUUUCACAGUGUGCAUAAUCCAAUAAUUUAAAAACUAAAAAAAGUAGUCCCUUAUUCUGUGACUAUGAAAGUUGUAUUGUGUAUGUUACAUUAUAAUUAGAAGUAUACGAGUUUAAUUACUAUUUAGAUUCUUGAAUAGUUGACGCAAUUAUUUGA